AUGGAACGAUGCGCCUCGUCUGUUCUGGACCUGUGUAUGGAUGAAUUUGUCGCCAACCUGUCGAUUCUGCUGCGGGGUACCGUCGACGAGAAGCUGCAGUGGACCUUCUCGCUGUACGACAUCAACGGUGACGGAUGCAUCACUAAGGAAGAGAUGAAGGAAAUCGUCACUGCGAUCUACGAGCUGAUGGGUAAGGUACCGGAAGGCUGCGAAGAGGAACAAGCCAUCAAGGAAAAGGUCGAAAGGCUGUUUGAGAAAAUGGAUCGCAACUGCGACGGCAAGAUAACGCUGGACGAGUUCAUCGAGUGCUGCACGAAGGACGAAAGCAUUCGCCGAUCGAUAGCCGUGUUCGACACCAUCUUCUAA